GAGUCGCGUUCAUACAAACGCCAGUUGCUCCGCGGCUUCCGCCACAGUUACAGUGACAUGCGUUUACUUGAAUCACUUGCUAGUAGUAACAGUUGUAGUAAAACCCUCGCGAAAAUGAUACGUCUGCCAAGUGUCACUAUGAUGACGUGUACCAUUUUAUUUUUACUUGGAGCACUUACUUGUCAAUCAUCAGCUGCCGAUAGUAACAAUAGUAAUAAUAAUAACAUUAAAACAAAUGACCUUAAAAUAGAGUCACUGUUUGUACCAGAUGGUUGUGCGGUUAAAUCGAAAAAAGGAGACCACGUUACUAUGCAUUACACCGGCACUCUUGUUGAUGGUACCAAAUUUGAUUCAAGUUAUGACCGCGAUUCACCGUUUUCAUUCCAACUGGGCGUAGGCCAAGUAAUCAAAGGCUGGGAUCAAGGGCUCGUGGACAUGUGCGUUGGUGAACGUCGAAAAUUAACGAUACCCCCAGAGUUAGGAUAUGGUGAUCGUGGAGCUGGAAACGUUAUACCAGGAGGCGCUACACUUUUGUUCGAAGUUGAGCUGAUAAAUAUAGGAGACGCUAAACCAUCGACAAAUGUUUUCAAAGAGAUAGACAUUGACAGUGAUAAUCAAUUAUCACGUGAGGAGGUGAGCAAAAUGGUGAGCGAGUACUUGAGGAAGCAAAUGGUGGAAGCGGAUCAAGCCGGAGAGACCAGCGACGAGAUGAAAAAAAUAAUCGACGACCAUGACAAACUAGUGGAGGAAAUAUUCCAGCACGAGGAUGUCGACAAAAAUGGGUUCAUUUCACACAAAGAAUUCAGUGGCCCCAAACACGACGAGCUGUGAGACAUUAUUGUCUCGACGUCUUCCGCAAUAUCACAACUCAUGUGUAUUCAUCAACAUUAAUAUCAACACCCACAUCAACAUAAAUAUCAACAUCAACAUCAUUAAAAUCUUAUCUGUCAUUAUAUUGCGGUAAACUCAUUCAUUUCCGGUAAAGAAAGUUACUUUCUAAUGAGAAUCCAAGACAAACAACCAAGUGCGCCAACCAAAUGCGUAUAUAUCAUAUAUAUAUGAAAGAUGUGCGAAUAAUUAAAGUGACAAAUAUUCCUAUCAAAUUGAAUAAUUUGAAUUUUUUUUUAAUUUAAAUCAUUCGAAAAAAUUUGAAUUAUUUAUAAAUUUUUAUAAUUUUUUACAAGUUAAGAUUUAAUAUUCGAAAUUUGAACUGAAUAUUUGAAUUUUAAUUUACAAUUCGGACGUAGGUCGAAUAAUUUGAAAACUGAUUAAUAAUUUGAAUUUUUCAAUUCAAAUAUUCACAUGUCCCAAUAUAUAUUUAUAUUUAGGGAUAUGCAGAUAAUUCAAAUUGUAAAUAUUUGUAUUGAAUUGAAUAAUUUGAAUUUUCUAAGGAUUCAAAUAAUUCGUGCUUUUGAAAAAUAUAAAUUAUUGUAAAAAAGUUUCGACUCGAAAUUUGAACUGAAUAUUCGAAUUUUUAAUAAAUAAUUGUCACUUGGAUAAAAAAAUUUAAAAAGUGAUUCAUAAUUUAAAUUUUUCUAUUCGAAAAUUAUUCACACAUCCCAAAUAUAAAUAUAUAUAUGUCAAUAUAUAAAUCUUCUUAAUCGGAAAUAGAACUUGAUGAUCGAUAAAAACAAACAUUUGCAUUCUAAUUAACAUUCCGGAAUACCAAACAAUUGAAAUCAAAUUCAAAAAAUGAUUUCCCGAAAUAUUAACGACUAAAAAAAAAUAGUUAAUAUAUAAAUAUAUAAAUAUGAGAUUAAAAUCAUCUCACUAUAAAAUGUGUACAGAAAUCGAUAUUAGUAAAAAUUUGUUUGUUUUUUUUUUUUUUUUAAUCUUUUGUCUGUUAUAAAAAAUGUAAUUACAUGCUUGGCUUUACUUGGGCAUUUUAAUAAACUAAAUUUUUGAAUUAUUAAAUAAAAUAAUUAAAUAAGCAGACCUAUGUAAUAUUUUAAAUGAAACUUUCCAUUUUUACAUUUUUUAAGUGAAUAAAAAAUAUUGUUGUUAAUUAUUAAUUAUUAAUUACUGUAAUUACAAGUAGUGAAAAAAAAAUUAUUAAUAGUAAUAAUAAAAAUAAAAUCUUCCUUGGGUUCAUUAUUAAGAUGAAGUAAAUUUAUUGAUUGAAUAUAUGAGAAUAUAUAGGGAAGGCAGGUGGGAAUGAGUGAGUAGAAGUAUGCGGUGAGUUUUAAAAAUAAAAUAUAUAAUAAAUAUGGACAUAUGAAUGAGAGAUUUAUGUGUAAAAUGAACGUUGUCUUGAAGCUAUCACUAUAUUGUAACUUACAUGAUUUUUAUUACUACAUUAUAUUGUAUAUUGUUAAAGCUGGAUGAAAGUUAAUGAUAAAAAAAAAUCCUGUGUCUUGUACACAGUUUUGUUAAUAAAAAAAUUUUGAAAAUA